AUGAGCUCUGAACCAGAGCCCCCGAUCUCAGAGCUCCUCGGAUCGCAUGUUACCAGAAAGAUAAACGCAACGGGGUCUGUGCGGCACGCGCCUGCACCGUUUGAUCAGCCGACGGCGGACGUCGUCCUGCGCUCGGACGACGAUGUCGACUUUCGGGUGCAUAGGCUCAUUCUAACCUUUGCCUCCCCGUUCUUUGAGGGCCUCUUCAGCCUUCCCCAGCCCCCUCCAUCAUCGUCUCCAUCGCGGCCCCCGCCUUUCGCGACCACCUUGUCAACUUAUCACCUCUACCAGAAUGGUCACCACCCCGCCUCAGGCUCGGACCCAGACACCGACGUUUCGGGCGUGCCCCUCAUCCGCCUGACCGAACCCUCUGCGAUCCUCGACUUCCUCCUCCGCACAAUCUACCCCGUCCGAUCCCCGCCGCCUCCUCUCCUCGACACGCUCCCCGCGAUUCUCACCGCCGCGCGCAAAUACCAGCUCGACGCGAUCGACGAAGCUGCCGAGGCCGCCCUCGUCCUCGCCGUGCCCAACGACCCCCUCGGCGCAUACGCCCUCGCCUGUGCGUGCGACCUGCAGAGCAUCGCAGAGCGCGCCGCGCGCGCGACAUUGAAGCUCGCGCGGAUGGCCCAUUCGAAACACUUUGCGGCGAUGAGCGGGGAGCAGCAUUAUCGGCUGCUAGAGUAUCGCGAGAGGUGCGUCAGGGCCGUGGAGGAGGUCGUGCGGAUGGACCCGGUCGCGGUGGGGGCCGGAGGGGGCGGGGGCGGGGGCGCGCUGGAAUGGCUCGCGCCGUGUCCCGACACGCUCGUGCGCGCGUCCGCCGCCCCCUGCGCGAGCUGCUUCGUGCCGCCGCCGAGCGCGCACGACGCGCUCGCCGCGAAGAACCCAUCGAAGCUGAACGCGUUCACGGCCGUCAUGAUUGGCAGCGGCAUGGCGGCCGACGGCGCGGGGGCCGGCGCGCCAAACGGCCCCGCCGUCGGCGCCGGCGCGACGGGUUGGCGCGCGCCCCCGUUUUUCUGGGUGUACUUUGCGCGCGUCGCUGCGCGCCUGCGGGAGCGCCCGCACCGCGACGUCGUGUUCGAGGACGCGGCGGGCGACGUGCCCGAGGUGCCACUGCGGUGCGCGCAUCUCAGUCGGUUCGACUAUGAUAUCGUGACGGGGUUCGAUGCGCGGAGCGGGUUGGAGACGUUCAGGAGGCUGUUGGCGACGGAGGUGGAUAGGGCGUUGGAUCAGCGCGAAGGGGACUUCUGGGUCUACAAAGACAACAACAGAUACGCCCCUCCGAAUUACGAUAACUGCUCAUACCGAAACGGGCGUUAUUACUUCACCCUUGAAGACGGAACAGAAGAAGAGGAUAUUUGGAACGAAACAGAAGCUCAGUGGGAACUAGCCCCACAAUACAGGGAACCGGCGCCGGUAAUCCCCGAAGACUCGGAGCAAGAGGAAACAACCUCGGAAUCAGACUCCGACUCACCAGACCAAACACCGAUCAACACCCGAAACGAACCGCUCGCCGAAAUGUCGGGACAAGCUUCGACUUCUACAGACCCCCCUUCCACAACAGUACAACCUGGGAGAGGAAAGGUCAAACUCCCAGACAACUACACAGGCAACCGCAUCGAAUCCCAGAAAUUCAUGCUCCAAUGCCUCCUUCUUUUCGCAGCAGAAUCCGAUUGGUACAAGACCGAUCAAGACAAGAUAUCCCUCGUGCUCUCAUGCAUGAGAUAUGGCACGGCAGGAGCUUGGGCCGAGAACUUCCUCCUCAAAUCAGUAGGAGCGGACCUUCCCACUGAUCUAGGAACCUGGAGGGACUUUUUAACAAAGUUCAAGCUCCAAUUUAGGGAGACAGGAAAGACCGAUAAAGCGCGAAGCGCACUCAUGGCCUUCUCCCAAGGAUGA